CAGCAGUGUCCCGGAUGUGUUUCGGCUAUAUUAACAAGGACAAUUGUAGGCGGGGAUUGUAGUUCAAACCAUCCGUCGAUGUGCUGCAUUUAGCUUUUGUGCUACAGCGCCCGAACCCAUUCGAAGAUUUAAACAUGGCUGGUGGCAAGGCGGGCAAAGACUCCGGAAAGACCAAGACGAAGGCUAUUUCGCGCUCACAGCGAGCUGGGCUGCAGUUCCCAGUGGGUCGUAUCCACAGACAUCUCAAGUCCAGAACCACCAGCCACGGCAGAGUGGGAGCCACUGCAGCUGUGUACAGUGCCGCCAUUCUCGAGUACCUCACUGCUGAGGUCCUGGAGUUGGCAGGAAAUGCCUCCAAAGAUCUUAAAGUGAAGCGCAUCACUCCCCGCCACUUGCAGCUGGCAAUUAGAGGAGACGAAGAAUUGGAUUCACUCAUCAAGGCCACCAUCGCCGGCGGAGGUGUGAUCCCACACAUCCACAAAUCUCUGAUUGGAAAGAAGGGCCAGCAGAAGACCGUAUAACGGGAAGUCCUCCUAGAAGUUGUGCCAUCUCAGGACGACGUCUGCAUCGCGUGAUUUAAUUGUUUUUAGCGUAGAACACCUGUAGAAGUUUGUAUGGUUCCAGCUUGCAUUUACUCACCUGGGGUAUUUUUUAAAAAGUGGCUUCAAAGAAGCUCUUUUGUUUUUUGGUUAUUUUUCCUGGUGCUGCAGUUUUGUGUUAACUUGCUUUUGUGGCAUUCCCAUGGUCAAAAGUGGUGUUUUAAUAAAGCUCUUACUGGGCACUUGUCUUUUUCACUUCUUCAUACUUAAUUUGCCACUUUUUGCAUUCCAGAUGUCUAACUUUCUACAUGAUAAUCUGACUGCACGUCAUAUUUGUAAUUUCUUAAUUUUAGAACCAUUGGCCCAGUACAGUGAAAAUGUGUGGCCUUGUUGCAUGAUAUCUGCAGGCACGUUUUGUCAACAGACUGUUGAAUAAAAAUUGGACUGGCACAGCA